GCGGCGCGGCGCGUGCGCGGCGCGUGCCCGGCGGAGCGGAGAAGCCGGCCGGCGGGCGCCAUGGUCUUCCUCACCGCGCAGCUCUGGCUGCGGAGCCGCCUCACUGACCGCUACUGGCGGGUCCAGGAGGUGCUGCAGCAUGCGCGGCACUUCCGGGGAAGGAAGAACCGGUGCUACAAGCUGGCGGUGAGAGCUGUGACCAGAGCGUUUGUGAAAUGCACAAAAGCGCGAAGGCUGAAGAAGAGGAACAUGAGGACACUCUGGAUUAAUCGAAUUACAGCUGCCUCCCAGGAACACGGCCUAAAGUACCCAGCAUUCAUUGUCAAUUUAAUUAAGUGCCAGGUGGAGCUCAACAGGAAAGUACUUGCGGAUCUAGCCAUCUAUGAACCAAAGACUUUUAAAUCUUUGGCUGCUUUGGCCAAAAGGAGGCGACAGGAAGGAUUUGCUGCUGCCCUGGGGGAUGGGAAAGAGCCCGAAGGCAUAUUUUCCAGAGUGGUGCAGGAUCACUGAGGGGGAUUCCAACACUGCCUGCCCUUUGCAGCUGAGUGUCUUAGGAAAGGUUUUUUUUCCCCCCAAUAAUCACAGUAGUUAAAAUAGGGGCUAAGAAUUACUUGUCAACACUGUGUGUUCAACAAUUUUAGUAACAGGUUUAAGAGGCUCCUCUUUCCCUCACUGGGACAGAUCUAGAAAUCUUACGGACUGUACAAAUAAAGCUCGUGUGGCGUUCAGCG